AUGACCAGGGCGGUGGUGCUAAAGGAGAGUGUGAACCUCCCCUCUGGACCGCUCCACCCCGACCGCCACCACUGCCGCCGCCACCACUCCCACUGCUGCCACCACCGCCGCCACCACUCCCACCGCUACCACCACCGCCGCCACCGACGCCUCAACUCCCACCACCACUUCCACCACCACCACCGCCACCACCACCACCACCACCACCACCGCCACCACCACCGCCUCCACUGCCGCCACCCCCACCACUCUUGCCUCCCUUGCCCUUGCCGCUGUGGCGCCUCCCACUAG